AUGAUGGAUUCCGGCGCCGUCUCCGACGCUGAUCUGAUUGAAAAGGAAAAGAGGUUCUACGAGUUAAAGAAAUCUUACAUUUUGGAAUAUGAAAAAGAAGAGGAGAGCAUAAGUUAUAUUCCACUAUCGUUCUACACGGGUUCCACCGUCAACCACCCUGGACCGAUGCGUAAGGGUAAAUCUGUCAGAAAAAACUUUAUUCCACUAUCGCUCUACACCACCACCGUGACUUGUAAGGGAAACAAUUCCUCCGAAUCAAAGAUGGGUCCGAUGUGUAAGGGAAACAAUUCCUCCGAAUCAAAGAUGGGUCCGAUGUGUAAGGGAAACAAUUCCUCCGAAUCAAAGAUGGGUCCAAACAAUUCCUCUGAAUCAAAGAUGGGUCCAAACAAUUCCUCUGAAUCAAAGAUGGGUCUGAUGUGUAAGGGAAACAAUUCCUCUGAAUCAAAGAUGGGUUCGAUGUGUAAGGGAAACAAUUCCCCGGAAUCAAAGGUUAGCAGAAACAGAAACUCUAUUCUCGAUCAAGUUCCUUUAUCUAUUCUUUCAAAACUGCCCAUAAAAUCAUUGAAGCGCUUUGGAUGCGUGCGCAAAUCAUGGUCCAAUUUAUUUGAAAACCCUGAUUUCAUGAAAAUCUACACCAACCAAUUCAUAUCGCGUCACGGUUCUGAUUCUGAUUAUCAAACCUUUCUUCUCAUAAAUCAAUUUCAUCUGCCUGACUUACCUACAUGUUUUUACCUCCAUGAAUUCCAUUUGCUCAACAACAAACUCAAAUUCAAUUUGCCAUCUCCAUUUCCACAUUCUGGCGGUUAUAUUUCUAUUCUCACCUCCACAAGUGUUAAUGGCAUUUUUUUUCUUGGCCAAAAUUAUCUAGAAAAGGUCCAAUAUGUAUUGUGGAAUCCCGCCACCCAGGAAUUCAUGGCCAUUCCUUCUAGCCCCGCUGAACUUACACCAAAACGCCCUCAAUCCCGCCUCUAUCUCGAACAUUAUUUCCACGGCUUUGGUUAUGACCAACUUAGACAUGACUUUAAGCUCAUUCAGUAUGUAUCAUCAUAUGAUUGCGAUGACCCUCAUCCUCCUCUCCCAACAAAAAGUUUUUUUGAGAUAUAUAGUUUAAAAAGUAAUUCUUGGAGACAGAUCGACAUGGAAAAUGAUCUCUCUCAUUGGACUUAUUCUAUCCCAUUUUCUGGUCUUGAAGUUUAUCUCCACGGAGCGUGUCAUUGGUUGGUUUUGAGACCUAUCAACAACGAUGUUCUACAUGUUCGGUUAACUCUCUUGUCAUUUGACCUCGCUGACGAGUUGUUCCUUACAACACCCAUCGGAGAAGAAUCUUAUACUCCAUACACUUAUAGAGCACGCUUGGCCGUGUUAAAUGGAUCUAUUGCUUUAAUCUCUAAUUAUCAUGAUGAUACUAUUUUUCACAUAUCUAUUCUCGGUCAACUUGGUGUGAGUCAAUCAUGGAUCAAACUAUAUGUUUCUGGCCCCGUUCCUUCUGUCCAAUGGCCUCCAUCUGCUGGAUUUGGUAAGACGGGAUGUAUUUUCUUUACAAAAAAAAGUAAUGAACUAGCCUACCUUGAUUUGAGCACCCAAAUAGUUCAUGAGGUUGGUAUUACUCUUGGAGAGCGAAGUUUUUUUAUCACCGGUCUUUACAAGGAAAGCCUUCUUUCGAUUGGAGGAUUUAGUCAUUAG